CCGUCGUGCACCGGGCCCGCGCGUGCGAGUGGGAGCGCUGCGCUGCGAAGAUCGCGACGAGGAAGGCGAGGGGGCGCGCGAAAGCCGCCCUUUGGCUCUUACUUAAGUUGUUGCAUCAGUCAUUAUGCAACCCUUUUCAUGGCGGUGUGCCUCCGCGUUUGUCUAGCGGUUUCCUCGAAGUCCGCUGUUCCCGGCGGUGCUGUAUGCUCCAAGCUCCAAUCCUUUUGAUCUGGAUUAUGGUCGCAGCCUCGCCACCUCGUCUGGAUGGAUACACGCAGCUGACCCAAUAGUCUUGGGCAGUACAUUCGUUAUGAUGCGCCGCGUACCCGUAAAUGACCCCGCCGCCACACGAACUGCGGGUUUCCGCUUGGGGCAGCUCGAACCGGGUUCUGACCCGCUCUCUCUGCGUCAGCAAUCGGGGCAGGGUGGACCGGACCGCGUCUUCUCGUGUAUGCGGGCGCUGGCAGAACCCCGCCCCCUCUUCCGUAUCCGCAGCAAAGAACCUCCCUUCUGAGCGCCGCCUCGGAAAUAGCGCUGCUCACGCGCCCCUCGACGACCGAGUGCCCCUUUCACCCGACGUUCUUCACGAAGCAAACGCGUCGUCUCGCUUACCUAUGCAGCAUGUACGCUAUCUCUGUCUCAGUUUAUUCUUAUCGACCCUCUCUUCUCCGAAACCGCAGACGUGAAGAAUUAUGGGUGUGCUCCUUUCAUGUCUGCGGCGCAGUUGCUCCCCGACGACACAUAUCGCAGGCUGUAGAGCGGCCCAGAGAAUGACGUAACC